CAGGAACGCCUGAGAAAAAUGAGUUGCCGGUGGCUGAUGUAAUGAUCAGAAAUCCAUGUGGUAGAAGUUGGCCAAUCUUUAGGAAUUGUUUGAGGACUGCUAGAGCUUUGAAAACACCACAGAUUCAGGUAGUGGUUCCUCGAGUCUGCUCCUCGUUGUCUGCGGGAGAAUCUGACAUGGCUUCCGCAGUAUCUGAGCAGCACAAUUUCCCGAAAGAAGAGGAAAAAAUAUUGGAACUGUGGAAAAAGCUCGACGCAUUCAAGUCCUCAUUACGGCAAUCUGAGGGCCGUCCAAGGUACACUUUUUAUGAUGGUCCACCCUUUGCCACAGGAUUACCACAUUAUGGUCAUAUUCUAGCAGGAACAAUCAAGGACAUUGUGACACGUUAUGCCCACCAAACAGGUUAUCAUGUGGAGAGAAGAUUUGGUUGGGAUUGUCAUGGGCUUCCUGUGGAGUAUGAAAUUGACCAAAAGUUAAAUAUAAAGGGUCCAGAUGAUGUGGCAAAGAUGGGUAUUGCCAAAUAUAAUGAUGAAUGCCGGAAAAUCGUCAUGAGAUAUUCAACAGAUUGGGAGCGAAUCGUGAGUAGACUUGGAAGAUGGAUUGAUUUUGAGAAUGACUACAAGACACUCUACCCGUGGUUCAUGGAGACUGUCUGGUGGGUUUUCAAGCAGCUUCAUGAGAAGAAUAUGGUAUACCGGGGAUUUAAGGUCAUGCCUUACUCAACUGUGUGUAACACUCCACUCUCAAACUUUGAGUCGAACCAGAACUACAAAGAAGUACAGGACCCUGCAGUGUUUGUCAGUUUUCCUCUUGAUGAGAGCCCUGACGUCAGCAUGAUUGCCUGGACAACCACGCCUUGGACAUUACCUAGCAACCUGGCUUUAGUUGUCAAUAAAGACAUGGAAUAUGUCAAGGUCAAAGAUAACAGCACAGAGAAGGUUUAUAUUAUGAUGGCUGCCCGUCUUGAUGCUCUUUUCAAGACACCAGAAGAGUAUACUGUCUUAGAAAGGUUCAAGGGUGCAAGUCUAGAAGGAAAAACUUACAAACCUAUGUUUCCAUACUUUGAGCAGCUAAAAUCAAGUGGGGCAUUUAGGAUUCUGACUGAUAGCUAUGUCACCGAGGAGAGCGGGACAGGUGUUGUUCACUCUGCACCUGCUUUUGGUGAGGAUGAUUACCGUGUGAGCAUGGCAAAUGGAGUUAUUCAUAAAGGGGGAAGCUUGCCAUGCCCUGUAGAUGCCAAUGGCAAGUUCACAGCAGAGGUGACUGACUUUGCUGGUCAGUAUGUCAAGGAUGCUGAUAAACACAUCAUCAAGUGGCUGAAGCAGCAUCGGCGUCUGGUCCACCAGAGUACCAUCAAGCACAACUACCCCUUCUGCUGGAGGUCUGACACCCCUCUGAUUUACAAAGCUGUACCUGGUUGGUUCAUACGUGUAGAGUCCAUUGUGGACAAGCUUUUAGCCAACAAUCAGAAGUGUUACUGGGUUCCUGAGUUCGUGAAGGAGAAGAGGUUCCACAACUGGCUUCAGAAUGCGCAUGACUGGAAUGUGUCCCGUAACCGUUACUGGGGCACACCCAUUCCACUUUGGGUCAGCGAUGACUACCAAGAGGUGGUUUGUGUUGGCUCCGUUGAUGAGCUGGCCGAAUUGUCUGGUGUCCGGCUUACUGACCUUCAUAGAGAAAAUGUUGAUCAUGUAACCAUCCCUUCCAAGACUGGCCGAGGGGUCCUGAGGAGAGUACCUGAAGUGUUCGACUGUUGGUUUGAGAGUGGGAGCAUGCCCUAUGCUCAGGUCCAUUACCCCUUUGAGCGCAAAGAAGAUUUUGAGAAAACGUUUCCUGCGGACUUUAUUGCAGAGGGCAUUGACCAAACCAGAGGAUGGUUUUAUACUCUGCUAGUGAUAUCCACUGCACUGUUUGACAAGCCACCAUUCAAGAAUCUAAUCGUUAACGGCCUUGUACUUGCAGCUGAUGGCGCAAAGAUGAGCAAACGAAAGAAGAACUACCCUGAUCCUAUGGAAAUUAUCAACAAGCAUGGCUCCGACGCCCUCAGACUUUACCUGAUCAACUCGCCAGUGGUGCGCGCAGAGACGCUGAAAUUCCAGGAAAAAGGCGUCAAGGAUGUUGUGAAGGAUGUUUUUCUGCCCUGGUACAAUGCGUAUCGCUUUCUUAGCCAGAGCAUUGACCAGUUUCAGAGGGUACACAAUGUCAACUUCGCCUAUGACGAGAACAACACUAUGGAGCUGCACAACAUCAUGGAUAAAUGGAUCUUGUCCUUUACGCAGAGUCUUGUUCAGUUUGUCCACCAGGAAAUAGACGCCUACCGCCUGUACACCGUGGUUCCACGACUCGUGAAAUUCAUUGAAUACCUGACCAACUGGUAUGUUCGGUUUAACAGGAAAAGACUCAAGGGAGACCAGGGUCAAGAAGAUGCGAUGCAGGCCAUUCAGACUCUGUUUGGAGUCGUACUUACCAUCACAAAGCUCAUGGCCCCUUUCACGCCGUUUUUGACGGAGCACAUUUAUCAGAACAUGAAACCGUUCAUCGUGUUUGACGAGAGUGAAAAGGAGAACGACAGCAUUCACUAUCUUAUGGUCCCCAAAACAAGGGAAAACUUGAUUCACACAGAGAUUGAACGCGCGGUUUCACGGAUGCAGGCCACAAUAGAGUUGGGUCGAGUUGUAAGAGACAGAAUGACCAUCCCAACAAAGUACCCGCUUCCCGAGGUAGUCAUCAUCCAUCAAGACAAGCAGUGCUUGGAAGACGUCAUUUCUCUACAAAACUACAUCAAAGAGGAGCUGAAUGUUCGUAAGGUGACCGUGUCGUCUGAUAAGGACAAGUUCGGACUGCGCUUGCGCGCAGAACCUGAUAGUCAAACGCUGGGCAGACGUCUCAAGGGCGCAUUUAAACAGGUCUUCCAGGCUGUGAAGGAACUGACCGAUGAGGAAUUAAAGACAUACGAAGAAAAGGGCGAGCUGACUGUUUGUGGUCACGUGCUAUCCGGCACAGACCUCAAGCUGGCGUAUUCCUUUGAUCAAAAUGGCGAUCUCCCUUUAACCUACGAGCCGCAUUCGGAUAGUGAGAUUCUUAUCCUUCUUGACGUCACGCCUGAUCAGAAGAUGUUGGAUGAGGGUCUCGCACGAGAGUUUGUCAACCGCAUUCAGAAACUAAGGAAAAAGGCCGGCCUGCAACCCGUGGAUGACGUCAGCAUUGUCUAUGAAGUCGAGCCCUCUGGCAGUCAGCGGCUAGGCGAGAUAAUCAAUGCGCACAAGGAGUACAUCCAGACAAGCGUAAAGCAACCAGUGCGCAGCUCGCCACUGCCGGCUCUUACAGAAAUCAUUCACGAACAGACAGAUAUCAAAGGUGAAAAGCUUCGACUUUGGAUCUUCCGUGGUCACGUGAACGAUGACACCAUUACGGGCUCAAGUACCCACCCCUCCCCCGUCUGUCGGUUUGUUAACGUUGAGCUGCGCGGUGGGAAGCCUGGUAACGGCAUCAAGAGCUGUAACGCAACAGUCUUGCUAGAGAACCCACAGGGUGACCACCCCAUGACACUAGAUCGGCUUAGUGAUCAGGUGAAGGCCAUCUUUGCACUGGGAGCAGGGCAGAAACUAGAAUUUUCGCUCUCCCAAUCGGGCGAUGAAGUUCUGAAGCCAUUCACUCUGAGGCAACUUCACGGCGCGAAACUUUACGCCUUUGUGAAGAAGUGAAAGUCAUCCGUCCAGGCUUAGGAAGCUGAUAUCUUUUGAAGUAAGGAAUCAUUUUAAAUUAGUUAAGUCAGUAUAGUCUCCAUAGUUGAUCUCCUGUACAUUGAGUAUUCCAAGUGAAGCACUAUUUUAAUUAACCCGAGUCUUCUCUGGAUUACUUUACAAUAAUCCUUUGGAUUCUAUGUUGCUACUUAAAAAAUUGCGCCAGAUCCUCUCAAUUUGUGGAGAAAAUAAAUAUAUUGAACUUCUA